AUGCUAUUGCAAGAGGACACGACUCAAUCCAGCUCUCCAAGGCCAUCAUCACCGGCGAUGUCAUCUAAAUUUCAGCGCAAGGCAAAGUUUCGCAGGGCGUCUUUGAGCCAGUCUCAAUCCGACACAGAGUUUAUACCUGGAAUAUCCAAAUCUCCAAGUAGCGUCAGCGCUGGUGGAAAAGAGGCAGCUGGUUCCCCACAAGCCACUCAGGCGCCUGUAGCGGAAAAUGGGGCAGCGACGGACCCGAUCGAAUCGAAUAGAGCCGAUUUCGGGGACAAAGAUGUGUCACCAGUAGAAAAACCCAUCUCUAAACCUAAGGAAGUUGAAACGUCAGUUUCAGAAAAUGCGAUGGACGAAGAUCAAGAGUCGGACUCAAAAGCAAGUGGUUCCAAAUCUCCAUCUUUUUCCUCCGAAAUGGUGGCCAAUGCGCUUGUACCGUCACCAGACCCCCCACACUCUACGGUUUUGCCUGAGGAAUCAUCCAAACAGGAGGAUGCAGGCGGUCAUAUACAAGAAUCUCCAGAGGCACAUGGCUCACCCCCACCACCAGACAUAUCUCCUGGCGCGGAUCGAAUGAGACCUUUUUCUCCAGAGGAGCUCUCCCAGGCUAAAUUACUUGUGCUGGACCUUCUAGGCUGGGGUGUCGAGCCAGAGUUUCUGGUCACUAGCGGCGUUUCUGCGGAGGCUCUCUAUAGGAUAUUUACUGAUCUGAACCUCCGCUUGCCGCAUAAUCUGGAAGUUUCUGAAGAUGUCAAGGCUGUAGCUUACUCCUGGGGGCCUGUACCAGGUGUGGAUCAUGACUCGGACAUGGACUCAGACAUAGGGGCAACACAGUCGCCGCCUUUUGCCCAAUCUCAAGCUGUAGAGUGA